AUGACCGACUUUCCUUUGAGAUCAAUCCUCCACAGCCCUGAUGCUUCUCAGCGACUCAUGAAGUGGGCUAUAGAGCUAAGCCAAUACGACCUCCUCUACCGACCGAAGACUGCAAUAAAAGCUCAAGCCUUAGCAGACUUUGUUGCAGAAUUCACACCAUCAGCCGAAGAAGAGAAGCUGGUUAGCAAAAAGAAGGAAAGUUCGAGAGCGAACAAGACCUCUACUGAACUUGACCAACCCAGAGACAUGUGGCAAUUGCGCGUAGACGGAGCGUCGAACUAG